GAGGAGGAGCAAACCACUAGCCAUGCUGCACUCAAGCUUUUGGUCCCGUCUUUGUUAGCUGAGGGAAGUCUGCGCCUCACUUUCCCUUUACCAGCGGAGGCGAGUUGGGUAGUCUAUUCUCUCUUUUUUGGGGGUGAGCCUUUCUUCCGCCUCUUUCCUCGCUCCUGUCGCCGUCCGACUAAGUGGAAGGAAGAAGCAUAUCUGUUUUUACGGAGUAAAUACCUGCCUGCUCGUCCGGCACCCAUGAAUUCGGAUAUAAAUGUGUACCUCGGCCGGGACAAAACGGGCAUCAUGCGGAAGAGAGCGCUGCUCCUUCGGAAAGGGUGCAGUUUUGAGAUUAGUUCGAGCUCUGCCUCGGAGGACUUGGGCUGCAGGCGUGGAGACUUCAGCCGAAAACACUAUGGCUCCGUCGAGCUGCUGAUCUCUAGUGAUGCAGACGGAGCCAUACAGAGAGCGGGUCGUUUCCGAGUGGAGAAUGGCUCAUCAGAUGAGACGACGGACUACACCCCGGGAACCUGGAGAAGAACCGAUGUCCAUCUGGAGAACCCGGAGUACCACACCAGAUGGUUCUUCAAAUACUUCCUGGGCAAAGUCCACCAGAACUAUAUUGGUACGGAUGCAGAGAAGAAUCCCUUCUACCUGUCUGUGGUUCUGUCCGACCAGAACAACCAGCGGGUCCCUCAGUACAGAGCCAUCCUCUGGAGGAAGACAGGAACUCUGAAGAUCAGUCUGCCAUACAGCCCCACCAAAACACUAUCAGUCAAAUCCAUCUUAAGUGCGAUGAACCUGGACAGGUUUGAGAAAGGCCCGAGGGAGAUUCUCAACCCAGAGAUACAGAAGGACCUACUGGUGUUGGAGGAGCAAGAGGGUUCUGUCAACUUCAAAUUCGGUGUCCUGUAUGCCAAAGAUGGACAGCUCACAGACGACGAGAUGUUUAGCAACGAGACUGGGAGCCAGAGCUUCGAUAAGUUCCUUAACCUCCUGGGUGACACCAUCUCCCUGCAGGGCUGGGCAGGCUACCGUGGUGGGCUGGAUACCAAGAAUGACACUACAGGAAUGAACUCCAUCUACACAGUGUACCAGGGCCAUGAGCUGAUGUUCCAUGUCUCCACCAUGCUACCGUACUCCAAGGAGAACAAGCAGCAGGUAGAGAGGAAAAGACACAUUGGGAAUGACAUCGUCACCAUAGUGUUCCAAGAGGGAGAGGACGCGUCUCCGUCAUUUAAACCCUCCAUGAUCCGAUCCCAUUUCACACAUAUUUUUGCAUUAGUUAGAUACAACAGUCAGAACGACAGUUACAGGUUGAAGAUUUUCUCUGAGGAAAGUGUGCCACUGUUCGGACCUCCCCUCCCCUCACCACCUGUGUUUACAGACCACCAAGAAUUCAGGGACUUUUUGUUAGUCAAACUAAUCAAUGGAGAGAAGGCCACCCUGGAGACACCCACAUUUGCCCAGAAGCGUCAGCGGACCCUGGACAUGUUGAUCCGUUCCCUGUACCAAGACCUGAUCCCCGACCUCCACAAGAACAUGCUCAACAGACGCUCGUUUAGUGAUGUGCUGCCGGAGUCGCCCAAGUCUGCCCGCAAGAAGGAAGAGGCACGACAGGCCGAGUUUGUCAGGAUAGGACAGGCACUAAAGCUGAAGACCAUCGUCAGAGGAGACGCCCCAACCAGUCUGGUCACUACAGGCCUGUGUAGAAAAGAGCCGUGGGAGUCCCAGUCAUUCUGCAGUACGUUUCCCUAUGAGACAGUGUGUGCUGACUCCUGGGGUCAGUCUCUGCUGGUCGCCACGGAAGCAGCAGGGGUCAUGAUGAUAGAUGCUGUUGAUCCACUUCUUUCAAACCCAGAUGCCCAGGUCCUGCCCCCAGUGCAGGUGUUUGAUAAGACUAUGGUGGUGAAACAUAUACACGUUGUAGAGCCUCAGGACCUUCUUUUGUUGUGUUGUUUCCCAGGGAAGGAUGCGCGUCUCUAUGUGUUCAGACUGAGCAUGCUGAAGAGAGGCUUGGAGGAGAGGCAGCUGGUUCGCACCAAGUGUGACAGUCGAGAGAACAAACUGGAAAAGACCAAAGGGUGUCACCUAUACUCCAUCAACACUCACCAUGGGUCAGAGUUGAGGAUCGUGGCGGCCAUCAGGAAUAAGCUCCUCCUCAUCACCAGGAAACAGCCCCGCCUCGACGGCCUAGGCCCCCUCGCUGCUGCAACCCACUCGCCCGUGGACCAGUUCCAGUACAUACGGGAGAUCUGUCUGUGUGACCCUCCAGUAGUCAUGGCCCUAGUGGACGGUCCUACAGGAGAGAACGACAACAUGAUCUGUGUGGCCUACAAACACCAGUUUGACCUGAUCAACGAGAGCACUGGGGACGCAUACAGGCUACACCAUGUAGACGCCAACCGGGUCAACUUUGUGGCAGCCAUCGAUGUGUACGAGGAUGGGGAGGCUGGUCUUUUGUUGUGUUACAAUUAUAUCUGUUCCUAUAAGAAGGUGUGUCCGUUCAAUGGGUCCACCCCUAUGAUCCAGUCUAACGCCUCUGACUUACACUUCAGCUGGAACCAGAUGCCCAACGCCAUCGUGUGUGCGUUUCCCUACAUCUUGGCCUUUACCACUGACUCCAUUGAGAUCCGGCUGGUUGUCAACGGUAACCUGGUCUACACAGCUGUCGUGCCAGAGCUCCAGCUGACUGCCUCCAGGUCAGACAUCUACUUUGUGUCGUCCGCUCCGGUCAACUCUGCCUCCAACUGCAGCUCCCGGGACACCAGUUCCCAGAGUUCCCCACAGACGCCCACCGGCUACGAGAUGCCCGUGUUCCCAUUGCCGCUCGGAGACGGUGAGACACAGUGUAAGCAUAUCUUCAAGAUCCCACUGAGUAACCUAGUGGGCCGCAGCAUCGAGAGGCCCCUCAAGUCCCCACUGGUCAACAAGGUGGUGACGGGCCUAACAGCCCCCGCGGGGGCCCUCAUGCAGGGGUCCUCACACACCCUGUCUCUGUCCCGCAUGGAGAUCAAAGAAAUCGCCAGUCGCACCCGUAAGGAGCUUCUGGGCUUGACCGAGGAGCCGAGCAGUAAGACCGACAGCAGCACGGGCAAACAGAGGAAGAUGAGCAGGAAGACCACUGAGGAAGAGAUAAAGGCACGAACAUUGACCUCCACCAGCAGCGACAGAGUGGGCUCGGAGUCGGCCGACACGGACUCGGACAUCCAACGGCACUGCUCGUCCAGCUCGGAGGCGGAGCCAGAGAAAGUGGUGCUUAGAGAGGAGAGCCCGCCAUUGGCCAGCCCCUUCACCCUCCCCACCUCUUUCGAAGAAGACAUCCUGGACCUAAAGUGAAGACAAUCCCAUCAUGCACUUAUUUUCUGCCCUCCUCCUCCUUUCCUCCUCAUCCCCCUCUUCUCUGCUCCUCCUUUGCUCCUCAUCUCUCUUCUCUCCUCCUCCUUUCCUCCUCAUCCACCUCUUCUCUCCUCCUCCUUUCCUCAUCAUCUCCCUCUUCUCUGCUCCUCCUUUCCUCCUCAUCCACGUCUUCUCUCAUCCUUUCGGUCAUUUUAUUUGUAGUUUGUUGAUUUCUGUUUAGUUUUUAUCUCUGUGGUCUGGGUCUUCAUCCUCAAACGUGGUGUGUAGAAGAGGAAUCCGUGUGUGUGUUGCACCGCAGCGAGUAACCCAAAGAAAACGAGGAGGUCAUUUGAGGUGGUGUGGUUAGUUCAGAGGUCAUUAUACGGCGAAGGUUUCAUCAAUAAACCAAAACUGAAUGUAAAUCUACGCACAAGGCACGAAGAAGAAUCUGUGUUGGAACCGACGCCCCGGGGAAGUUCCUGUGGCUUACCAUUUGUUGCAUAUUAUAUGAUUAUUUCCUAUUCCACAUUCAACUGUAGUAUAAUAUAUGUAUGUAUACAUCUAUUUAUACAUUAAGAUGCAUACACACUGACAGACAUGUAUGCCUUUAUAGAUAUAUUAUAAUACACAUUUUAUUCACAUAUUUAGUAAAUGUAAGAUGUUUUAUGCUCUCCAUGUCUGUCAGUCUUGUUCUGUUUCCUUUCCAACUCACAGUAUGCAGGUAGACAGGGCUGGACUGGAGGCAGAGUCUCCCACAAGUGCCAAUUCGCCACAUCCUACACCAAAACCACAACUCCCAUCAGCCAUCUCUCCUCUGAUUGGCUGGUCUCUGACAGUAGCAGUCUUAGUCAUGUAUCCCUCUGUAGAUACCAUCUUACAGUGAGUCUGUGAGCUAGGUUCAAUCAUCAUAGAGUCACACACACACACCCCCCCUCUAGGGUUUCUAAAAGCACCUGCAUGCCAUGCCUUUGCUACUACUGUCCUGUUUCUGGCUAUCCCUGAGAAUCCCUCAGUCCAGGUACUCACAGAAUGAAAACGCAUAUAGUCUUUUAUACACAGACUACAACCUUCCCUGACAGUAAACUUACUGUGGCCUAAAAGUGGCCCACCAUUGUCAUAGCCAGCGGGCAGUUAGCUCAUCGGCUUUCUAGUGGGUUCGGCUGCAGUAUCUGACACAAUCCACCGGGCACUCACUGGCUGAAUCAACAUUGUUUCAACGUCAUUUCAAUGAAAUAACAUUGAACCAACAUUGAAUAGACGUUGAAUUGAUGUCUGUGCCCAGUGGACAUGGUCUGUCUGGUGUUAGGCCGCUAUUGUCUACUUGGGACCUCUAUCAGCUUGAUUCUCUUGUUAGUCGGGUUGGAGAAUAUAUCAAGUAGCCAACUACUUCCUUUUAGGAGUGAUGGCUUGAGGUAAUGUAGUCGGUCAUAGGAAUAGGGUGGCUUUUAGGACAUAGACAUAGUGGAUGAGAGUCCAUUUAGAUGGUAGAUUGGUUAGGGUUAGAUGGUAGAUGGGUUAGGUUUAGAUGAUAGGAGGGUUAGAUGGUAGAUGGGUUAGGGUUAGGUGAUAGGAGGGUUAGAUGGUAGAUGGGUUAGGUGGUAGGAGGGUUAGGGUUAGAUGGUAGGAGGGUUAGAUGGUAGCUGGGUUAGGGUUAGAUGAUACGAUGGUUAGAUGAUAGAUGGGUUAGGUGGUAGGAGGGUUAGGGUUAGAUGGUAGGAGGGUUAGAUGGUAGAUGGGUUAGGGUUAGAUGAUAGAUGGGUUAGGUGGUAGGAGGGUUAGGGUUAGAUGGGUUAGGGUUAGAUGAGAGAUGGGUUUUGGUUAGAUGGUAGGAGGGUUAGAUGGUAGAUGGGUUAUGGUUAGAUGGUAGGAGGGUUAGAUGGUAGAUGGGUUAGAUGGUAGGAGGGUUCGGGUUAGAUGGUAGGAGGGUUAGGGUUAGAUGAGAGAUGGGUUUUGGUUAGAUGGUAGGAGGGUUAGAUGGUAGAUGGGUUAGAUGGUAGGAGGGUUAGA